AGCACAAGCACUGAAGCUGAAGCUGAAGCUGAAGCAGAAGCCAAAAAUGGGGAAGGACGCUGAGACAGUUAGUAAUGGCGGAGAUGCGCAAGUUAGCAACUCUACGCAGGGGUUCAAGCUAGUGGGAUUCUCAAACUUCGUACGCACAAACCCUAAAACAGACCGGUUCGCAGUCAAGCGGUUCCACCACGUGGAGUUCUGGUGCACCGACGCGACCAACGUGGCUCGCCGCUUCUCAUGGGGCCUCGGCAUGCCAAUCGUAGCCAAGUCCGACCUCUCCACCGGAAACCUCUCUCACGCCUCCUACCUCCUCCGCUCCGGCCACCUCUGCUUCCUCUUCACCGCCCCUUACUCCCCCUCCAUCGCCGCCGCCGAAAACCUAACCUCCGCCGCCAUCCCCACCUUCAACUCCUCCGCCUGCCGCUCCUUCUCUGCCGCCCACGGCCUCGCCGUCCGCUCCAUUGCCAUCGAAGUCGAAGACGCCGAACUCGCCUUCUCCGCCAGCGUCGCUCACGGCGCAAAACCCUCGUCUCCGCCGAUCAACCUCGAUGAUCGUGCUGUCAUCGCCGAAGUCCAGCUCUACGGCGAUGUGGUUCUGCGCUACAUCAGCUACAAAAACCCUAACCCUCCUGAAAACACUAGUCAUCCUGAUUCUUGGUUUUUGCCUGGGUUUGAAUCAAUGGAUGAAGGAUCAGUUUUUCCGGUGGAUUUUGGUAUCCGAAGGCUUGAUCAUGCGGUUGGGAAUGUCCCGGAGCUAGCUCCGAUGAUUGAGUAUGUGAAAGGGUUCACUGGGUUUCAUGAAUUUGCAGAAUUCACAGCUGAGGAUGUUGGGACAAGCGAGAGUGGAUUGAAUUCGAUGGUUUUGGCGAGCAACAAUGAGAUGGUGUUGUUGCCGAUGAAUGAACCUGUGUUUGGGACGAAGAGGAAGAGUCAGAUACAGACCUAUUUGGAGCACAAUGAAGGGGCUGGGUUGCAGCAUUUGGCUCUGGUGAGUGAAGAUAUAUUCAGGACUUUGAGGGAGAUGAGGCGGCGAAGUGGGGUCGGUGGGUUCGAGUUUAUGCCAUCGCCGCCGCCUACUUAUUACCGGAAUUUGAAAAAGAGGGUGGGGGAUGUGCUGAGUGAUGAGCAGAUUAAGGAGGCAGAGGAGUUGGGGAUUUUGGUGGAUAGGGAUGAUCAGGGGACUUUACUGCAGAUAUUCACCAAGCCUGUCGGAGAUAGGCCAACCAUAUUUAUAGAGAUAAUACAGAGAGUAGGGUGCAUGCUCAAGGACGAUGAAGGGAAGGUAUACCAGAAGGGUGGUUGUGGAGGUUUUGGAAAAGGAAAUUUCUCGGAGCUCUUCAAGUCCAUUGAGGAAUAUGAGAAGACACUUGAAGCAAAACAAAUCUCUGCCGAACCAGCCACUGCAUGAGAGAAUAACACCCCAUCAUCCAGUGUUGUGUGUAGUUGGAGUGGAGAAAGAAAGUGUUGUGUGUAGUUGGAAUGGAGAAAGAAAUCAAACAAUAAAAAGUAAGUGAAUAAUAUUUUACUGUUGGGGAAUAUAACUGAAAAGUAGUAGUAGUUUGGAAAAAUAAGGAAUUGGUAAAAGGAGCACUAACUUAUUUUUUCUUCAUGUUUUAUUGAUAUAUGAGCUUGUGAUAUAGAAGAAGCCUUGUAAACCACAAUCAUCUGUGGCAUAUUCAAUAUAUGGAGCGGACAAUCUUGUAUAAUAGUGUUCUUAUUUGAAUCUCUGAAUGAUGAAGGGUAGCAGUGAACAAUCUAGUGCAA